AGUGAACCUUAAUUUGUGGCACUGUGGCUAAGUAGAGAGGUAGCUUUCCCUGUAAGACUGUUACUUAAGAUUACCAAGAAUUCUAGCUAGCUGGUUAGUUCUUUUGUCAUUUCAAAGAGAAACUGAGAGAGCCAUAGCUAGGGAGAAUACCAUGGACAAAUUGUAUGGGUUGAGUCAUCUCUUCAUGACAGUGUUUCUUCAUAACUUCUCCAUGUUCAUGGUGGUACCAGCCAUCACCGAUGUCACAAUGGCUGCUCUUUGUCCCGGACAAGAUGAAUGCUCACUUGCCAUCUACAUCACUGGUUUUCAACAAGCGAUGAUAGGGCUGGGCACGCUUGUGAUGAUGCCACUAUUGGGAAAUCUUUCGGAUAAGUAUGGGAGGAAGGCCAUCCUCACACUCCCUAUGAUCCUCACAAUCAUUCCCGUAGGCAUAUUAGCUUACAGCAGGACGAAAAAAUUCUUCUACGUCUACUAUGUGUUUAAGAUACUCAUUUCAAUGGUUUGCGAAGGAAGCGUUCCUUGCCUCGCCCUAGCUUACGUGGCAGAUAACGUUCCAGAAAGUGGACGAAGCACUGUAUUUGGAAUUCUUUCAGGAAUUGGGUCUGCCGCAUUUGUGUGUGCCACCUUAUCUGCUCGAUUUUUAUCAUCAGCCCUAACUUUUCAAGUUUCUACACUUAUCGCGGUGAUUGGAGCACUAUACAUGCAAUUUUUCCUUCGAGAUUCAGUCAUUGAUGACAAGCACCUUUAUACCCCAAUCAUAUCACAAGGAAAUCCCAUAAUAUCUAAGGUCAAUGGAAACUUGGAAAGUAAGAAGCAUCUUUUGAAAGCAUUGCGCUCCAUAAAGGACCUAACUUCUUUCCUCAAUAGCAGCUUGACCAUUAAUCAAGCAGCAAUUGUUGCUUUCUUCAAUAGCCUUGCAGAUGUUGGCCUUCAUGGAUCAUUGUUGUAUUUUUUAAAGGCUCAAUUUCACUUUGAUAAGAAUCAGUUUGCUGACUUGAUGGUCAUUUCUGGGAUUGCAGGGACUGUGUCACAGCUUCUUCUUAUGCCUAUUUUGGCUCCUAUUUUGGGCGAGACAAGACUACUCUCAGUUGGCCUAUUCUUCCAUUGUGUACAUAUGUUCCUUUACAGCAUGGCAUGGUCCUCCUUGGUUCCUUAUGCUUCCGCCAUGUUCUCAAUUUUAUAUGUUUUCUCACACCCUUGUAUACGAAGUAUUGUAUCUAAAGAAGCUGGUCCCCAUGAGCAGGGAAAGGCUCAAGGUUGCAUUUCAGGCAUAUGUUCAAUUGCACAUAUUGUUUCUCCCUUGGUUUUCUCUCCAUUAACAGCUCUAUUCCUUUCUGAAAAGGCACCUUUUGAUUUUCCUGGAUUCAGUAUAAUGUGCAUUGGAUUUGCUUCGAUGAUAUCUUUUGUUCAAAGUUUGAUGCUUAGAGUGGCUCCUCCCAUUUUGAAUUAGGCGAAUAUAAAUUAGUUAGAGCCUUCAACGGUGCUUUUAUUGUGCUUUAGCCGAUCCUCAUAUGUACAAGCUCUACCUUUAACGUGCUUUUGAUUAGGAAACAAUAUAUUGUAUAAGUUCAUUCCUAGUAGACAUUUGACAAACUUCUAUAGUUUUUUUUUUUUACUAUUGUACCAAGUUUACUUGUAUAUCAAUUACGGGUUUUUUUUACGAGUAAAAAAACUAAAAAGCAAAGAAAAGAAAGCUAAAGCCUAGGGAACAAGGUCCAAAGGCAUCAGCUUCCACAAGAGGAAUAAUAUCUGCAGGAAUAACUUCUAUA